AUGGAAGCAGAUACCACUGUAGAUGACGAACCAUCGUACAUCGACUACGAAACCUUCCUCGACCCUGAAUUUUCCCCCGCUUCCUUUGCGAAUACGUUGGUCAUUUCCACCAACAACCCUAAUGAUACACCCCUCGACCUCUCUACACCUCUAUCUCGUGUUCUCUUCGAUGCCCAGGAGAUUGAUUCGCACAUCGACGUUUUAACGACCCGCUCGGCCGUUCCACUGCUCAACUAUACCCAAGAACAAACACAGGCCUCAAGGAAUAUUGUCGGCGAAUUAGACGGUCAGAUCCAGAGCUUGAAUGAUAGUUACCGUCAACUCGAAAAGGAGGUUAUUGACAAGCAUGCCGAGGCUGAUGAGGUUCGAAUUGUUGCUCUGCGGCUAUGGGAAACCUUGAAGCUUGGUCGCUCGGUUGGUCGUUGUUUGCAACUAGGACGACAGCUUGAAGUCCAGCACUCAGAACUCGACAAUGGCGCCGGCAAGGAGGAUCAUCGGGCCCUUGUACGAUGCGCCUACACAAUCUUGUCUCUGAAAGAAGUUCUUGAUCGCAAGGCUCCGGGAGAGGAAGGAUUCGGGCUUAACCGUGUCGAUGCCGUCAAGCGCUUGCAGGAUACGGUCAUAAACCCUAUUGACCGGUCAGUUCGCGAACGCUCGGAGCGUAUUAUUCGCGAGUUCUCGAUCCAACCGACAUCUACAUUUGCGCAGGUUGAGGAGAUUAAGGCUCGGACGGCAUCUGCCCUAACAACGCUCUACCUAUUGUCGCCAACCGGCGGCUUUAAGCCCGAUAAAUGGGUCCCAAAGCUUCUCCUCCAGGCUUUGGAGACUUACAUACGAUCGGCACUGCAGGCGAGCAUCACGGGACUGUCCCGCUCUCUGGGCCAGCUGCCGACCCUCGAUAAGGCCUUGUCUGAUGUUAUGGCCAAGUGCCAGAACGUCGUGUCCAUUGAAGCUGUGCUCGAAACGACGAAAGCGCCGACCCACCCUCUACUCUCCGGCUCAAACCAGCCGAGUCAACCGAACUUGCUUCAAUACCUUCUUGCUUAUCUUGAGACGGGAAGUCUUGCCUCAUUUUACUGGAGGACCAUGGCCAGUAGCCUCGCUACGCGUGUGCAGGACAUCAUAAAUCGUGGGGGCGUCGUGGCUAGAACCCUACGGACCAACAAGACUACGGUUGGGGAUGCAAUUCGUCAGACGGUCGUGAAAGGAUCCCAGCUACACAGCGCAUUGACGGGAUCCAAGGGAAGAACGAAAGUGGACGCGAACUGGGACCGAGAGGUGGCGGUCAUGGUGGGUAGUGUGGUGAACAAUUUGGGUCGAUAA